GUAGUAUAGGAGGGCUGUGACCCUUAUCCGGCUAUCAGGAGAGUAACUAAUAAUCCCACAACAAUGCCCCCCUCAGCUUGUAAUGAGAAAGGGCUGCCUUUCCUUGGACCCCGGCCAGCUACAGACUCUUGUUCCAAAGCAAUGCAAAGUUCUGUAUAAACCGGCUGUUGAAUAACUAAACUCAUUGACAGGUUCGGCUGGUGCAGCGCCAACCAGGACACACUCUGUUUAUACAGAGCAUAUAGCUUGCACGGACUAGUAAAAGCCUCCCCGUAGGAUCCGCAUUUUGGGGAGCACUCUGACGAGUAUCGAACCCCGGUACAACUACAAUAAGUGUGAGGGUUUGCAGAAAAAAUAAAAUCCCACACAACCAUUCCUGGUAUCUAAACAUGGCUGCACCCAGGGUACGAAAGAUUGCCUGUGAAUUGUCCGUCUGGUUACUCAUGCUGUCUCUGGUCACUGCUGCUGAAUGGGAGGAAAUGUCACCAGCAGAAUCGCCGCUCCAGAAGCCUACCGUGCUCCUCGCGCUGCUGGCCAGGAACGCUGCCCACACGCUACCCUACCAGUUGGGCUGCCUCGAGAGGUUGGAUUACCCCAAGGAACGGAUUGCAAUCUGGGCUGCCACAGAUCACAACACUGACAACACAACAGCUGUGAUGAGGGAGUGGUUGAAGAACACACAAAAGCUUUAUCACAAUGUGGAAUGGAGGCCAAUGGAAGAACCUCGAUCUUAUGCAGAAGAGAUGGGUCCAAAACACUGGCCAAAUUCUAGAUUUACACACGUGAUGAAACUCAGGCAAGCAGCAUUGAAAGCAGCAAGGGAAAUGUGGGCUGAUUAUGUCCUGUUUGUAGAUAGUGACAACCUCUUGACAAAUCCUCAGACAUUAAAACUAUUGAUUGCUGAGAACAAAACCAUUGUUGCACCCAUGUUGGAGUCCCGUACACUCUACUCUAAUUUCUGGUGUGGCAUCUCUUCACAGGGCUAUUAUAAAAGAACUCCAGAUUAUGCCCCAAUCAGAGAGUGGAAAAAACUGGGUUGCUUCCCUGUCCCAAUGGUUCACUCUACAUUCCUUAUUGACCUAAGAAGGGCAGCCACCAGAAAACUUGCAUUUUAUCCCCAGCAUCGAGAAUUCACCUGGGCUUAUGAUGACAUCAUUGUCUUUGCAUUCUCUAGCCGACAAGCAGAUGUCCAGAUGUAUAUCUGCAACAAGGAGCAUUAUGGGUACUUGGCCAUGCCACUGAAGGCACACCAAACCUUGAAAGAUGAUACAGAGAACUUUGUUCAUGUCCUGACUGAGGCAAUGGUUGAGCGCCCUCCAGUUGAUCCAUCAGAAUAUGUAUAUCUGCCAGCAAAGAAUCCAAAUAAAAUGAAUUUUGAUGAGAUCUUCAUGAUUAAUCUGAAGCGUCGCACAGACCGACGUGAGAGAAUGCUUCGGACUCUGCAUGAACUGGAAAUUGAUGUGAAGAUAAUAGAUGCUGUGGAUGGAAAGGCUCUGAACACCAGUCAGCUGAAGGCUCUAAAUAUUGAGAUGUUACCCGAAUACAAAGACCCCUACUCUGGAAGAGUGCUGACUCGCGGAGAAAUUGGCUGCUUCCUCAGUCACUACUACAUUUGGAAAGAGAUAAUUGACCGAGGCCUGGAGGUAUCCCUUGUUAUUGAAGAUGAUGUGAGAUUUGAACAUCGUUUCAAAAGAAAACUCAUGAAACUAAUGGAUGACAUGAGUGAAGCUCAGCUGGACUGGGAUCUUGUUUACACUGGUCGUAAGCGAAUGCAGGUGCAACAUCCAGAGAAGGCAGUUCCUUCUGUAAUGAACUUGGUCGAAGCAGAUUACUCUUACUGGACCCUGGGUUAUGCCAUCUCAUUACAGGGUGCUCAUAAGUUAGUAGCAGCAGAACCUUUCAGUAAAAUGUUGCCCGUAGAUGAAUUUCUUCCCGUCAUGUACAACAAGCAUCCUUCAGCAAAGUACAUGGAAUACUAUGAACCCCGAGAUUUAAAAGCCUUCUCAGUGGAACCCUUACUUUUAUAUCCGACACACUACACCGGGGAACCCGGCUACAUCAGUGAUACAGAAACAUCCACGAUUUGGGACAAUGAAAAUAUCGUAACUGAUUGGGACCGAACACAUUCAAUUAAGACUAGGGAGCAGGGCGAGAUUAGCACUGAUGCACAGAAUACCGAAGCGCUACCUCCUCAAGCACCCAUUGAAACAUCAUCCAGAGAUGAACUAUGAGACUUACAAGCCAGAAUGGCAUAGGACUGAUCUACUGCCUUCUACGUUCAAGGAAACUAAAGUGAGAAGUUAUAUUUUUGUUUCAGGUUAAAAGCCUGACAGAAGAGAUAUUGGUGCGUGGACAAUGCAAUAGGUGGCUCUGGCAGUCCAUUUGCAAUGAUGUUUGCAAGGGGACCUUUAGAGUAGUAAGACCGAUUUGUACACCAAUGUUUAAAACUGGAAAAUAAGUACAAUUGGCACACAUUUCUACUUGUGUACAGAUUAGAUUGUUUGUAUAGAUUAUUGCAAACACAUGCAGUGACUUUGUAUUUUAAUAGAGAAAAUGCAGGUAGUGACUUAUACAACACUGUUUACCAAAGUAAUGAUAAAACAAGUUUAAAAAUGUAAAUUAUAGAAGUACAUUUCUAGAAACAUGGAUGCAGGUCAUUAUGAAUAGAUUGUUUUUGAUCAUUUGACAGAUUCUUGAAUAAUGUAGCCAUCUUUUCUGUCAUGCAAAGUCAUGUAAUUCUUUUUUGCUUUCGUCUCCCUCCUGACCUGUUCACAUUUAAUAGAAUGUAAAGUACAGCACUGGCAAUUUUCUUACGUUUUUCUUACCAAGUUCAUAGGUGAUUGUAGCUGCCAGUCACAGAGGGCCAUGUGUAGAUGGUGAAACCUUGAUCACUCUGGGUCUGAUACUAGAUUAUGCUGUAGAUGGAGUUGAACAUGAGGAACUCUCCUGAAUUUUCCUUUGCUUCCUGUUACACAUGCCAUACUUUGCUUUGAUGGCGAUUUCUUGACCUGACCAGUUUUACACAGCUCUGGUGAGAAUGCAUCUGGAUGGACUUCCCAUGAUGCACUGCAUCACUGAAACUUCACCAGUAGUAGUUUUCUUUUUGUUUGCAAAAUAAUAGUUAAGUGAAGUUUUCUUUGUUGAGCUUGUCUCAAUGAAAAUAUUUAUGGCCGGGUUCAUGGCUGAAAAGGUCCAUUAACAAAUUCACUUACUUGGUUAAGAAAUAUUAAAUGUAAAUAAAAAAUAAAAUAUCUUUGAAUUCUU